AUGGCUACGUAUGGUGAGGAGCCAGUCGACAGCUACUUCUAUUCAUCUUACAACCCCUACCUGGGCAGAUACCCCCGGUCCAGGGACGCGGGGUGGAAAUACAAAAGUUACCUCUCCCACUAUGGAGACUCUUCUGACGCCUUCAACAACCACCAACGCGCCCGGCUGAAGUCCAUCUUAUCCCAGAUAAAUCCCAAACUCACGCCGAGGCUCAGGAAGGCGAACACCAAGGAUGUGGCGGUGCAGGUCAACCCGAAGAAGGACGCCUCGGUGCAGUGCUCCAUCGGCCCGCGGACCCUGCUGGCUAUGAAGCGGGACUUCCAGCGCAAGAGAGGGCAGGAACCCUCGUCGCCCGGGGGCGUUGGGAGCCCCAAGGUGACGGGCGUUGUGCGUUACCCCCGCACCCUGGCCGUGUAUUCCCCCAUAGCGUACCGGAGCGUCACCUCCUUCCUGGUGGAUGAAAACAACAACAAGGAGGCCACCUGCGACACGGAGCCGCCCGGUGACCCGCCAGCGGGGGUCACCGAGGGGAAGAAGGACGAAGACAGCCAGGCUAGUGAGGACGGAAAGGCCUUAAAGCUUCCAGAGCAGAACAAAAAGACCAGGACCAAGCAGCAGGGGAAGACUGGGGAGGGACAGCCGGCUGCAGAGGAGUCAAAGGGCAGGUCCAGGGUCCGUUUCCAGUUUCUGGAACAGAAGUAUGGAUAUUAUCACUGCAGAGAAUGCAAUCUGCGAUGGGAGAGUGCCUAUGUGUGGUGUGUUCAGGGCACCAACAAGGUUUACUUCAAACAGUACUGCAGGAAAUGCCAAAAGGACUUCAACCCGUACCGUGUUGAGGACAUCACAUGUCACACUUGCAACAAAGCACGCUGUUGCUGUGCGCUAACACAACGGCACGUCGAUCCCAAGCGACCCCACAGACAGGACUUGUGUGGCAGAUGCAAAGGCAAGCGUCUCUCCUGCGACAGCACGUUCAGCUUCAAAUACAUCAUCUGAGCAGCAUCUCGGCUAAACUUUGCUCUGUAGCUCAUCUACACGAGUCCUGUGUGGGACAUCUUCAGCCCAGAUGUCAUUAUCAUAUCAACAGAUGUUUGAGGUUUUGGUACUUUAUUUCACACCUGUUUUGUUGAUGAAAAUAAUUGUAAGCACCACACACUUUAGUGUAAUAAAAAGCUAUCUUGCAUUUUGUACGGAAGCAUUCUUUCACUCAAAACGCCGAUUUCUGUCGGCGUGCUAAAGUGCUUCAGUCGCAGUACUUCAAGUGAGUUGGAGUCUUGACCAGUUUCCUCGGAGGUAAUGCUGAAGACAACUGAUUUAAAUUCUGCAACUGCAUCUUUAAGUUUAAUGAGAUGUGGAGGAAACGGUGUAGCAUUUCAGACUGUUUGUGCAGUGAGUAAACUGGAGUUCAAAGCCUCCAGUCAGUGAGGAAUGUAUUGCUGUUGCACUUUGCUCCAAAGCUGCCAUGUCUGAAACCAAAUAAGAACUCAGACAUAAUGCAAAGUUAACUGCAAGAUAAAUAAAGACCAAACUCAGGUUGUAACUAAAUUGGCUCAAUACAAGUUUUCAAGUCCUGUUGUCCAUACUGAGCAGUUCAGACUGUUAGAAAUGAGAAUCCUGAAUUUUACAGGUAAAUUCCACUAAAGCAAGGAAUCUGGGGAUACUUUUCAGUUGCGUACAAAGUUUAAGCUCCACUCACUAAUGCCAGUGAAUGUCUAACAUUGUAUUUAAAGAAAUUAAUGCAUACUAAUGAAAAUGUUUGACACUGAUUAAAUGCAUAUUUUGUGGGGGAGUUUAACUGUUUCAUCGGUUUCUUAAAAACUAUUAAAUGAAGAAAUUCAUAAACGGACCACUGAAGAAACUAACUGGAGUGAGUAAGUUUUUUUUUUUUACAUGCUAACUUAAACUUGUGUUCAAAUUUAUGGUAAUUAACUACAUUACACACUUCCUUUUAAAUAACUUAAAUCACUUGUUUAUGCUAUCAGUCAUUAAGGUUUAAAUGUUUUGAAGAGGAAAAGCUCAUCUUUAACCUGGUGUAGUCUGUGGGUCAAACAUGUCAGAGGUUGCUACAACUUACAAAAAAUCAAGGCAAGCAGUAUCUUUUUUUAGGGUGCUGGUCUAAACAUGGGUGUCACUGGUGCAUUUGGGUGGGAAACUUUAAUCUUCCUGUUAUUUACAGGCACCAAAAAAAAUCUGCAAAACCUUCAUGAAGAAAAUCCCAAUAAUUCCUUUAAAAGUUUAAUUUAAAAAAACAAAACAAAUUUGG